UGAGAGUGGGAAGGAGCCUUAACAGGCAGCUCUGUGGCCCAAUGGCUUGCCUCUGUCUUCGGGUGGAGGCCAAUGAGGCGCGUGGGGCGGGACUUCCGUCUCGUCCUGGUGUUGUCUUCCCCGCUCCGACUCCGGGCUGUGGGGGUCGGUGCGGAUAGGCAGUCAUGAAGUCAGGCUAGGGGUUUCUGCACAGCGACGCGGCCGGCCAGCCUGCUUGUGUUCUGGGAGCCGGGCUUCCAGGUGAUUUUACGAGAUGCUGCUCUCCAUAGGGAUGCUCAUGCUGUCAGCCACCCAAGUCUACACCAUCCUGACUGUACAGCUCUUUGCGUUCUUAAACCUGCUGCCUGUAGAAGCAGACAUUUUAGCAUAUAAUUUUGAAAAUGCGUCUCAGACAUUUGAUGAUCUUCCAGCAAGAUUUGGCUAUAGACUUCCAACAGAAGGUCUAAAGGGUUUUUUGAUUAACUCAAAACCAGAGAAUGCCUGUGAACCCAUAGUGCCUCCACCAUUAAAAGACAAUUCGUCUGGCACUUUCAUCGUGUUAAUUAGAAGACUUGAUUGUAAUUUUGAUAUAAAGGUCUUAAAUGCUCAGAGAGCAGGAUACAAAGCAGCCAUAGUUCACAAUGUUGAUUCGGAUGACCUCAUUAGCAUGGGAUCCAACGACAUUGACGUGUUAAAGAAAAUUGACAUUCCAUCUGUCUUUAUUGGGGAAUCAUAAGCUAAUUCCCUGAAAGAUGAAUUCACAUAUGAAAAAGGGGGCCACAUUAUUUUGGUUCCGGAGUUUAGUCUUCCUCUGGAAUACUACCUAAUUCCCUUCCUUAUCAUAGUGGGUAUUUGUCUCAUCUUGAUAGUCAUUUUCAUGAUAACAAAAUUUGUCCAGGACAGACAUAGAGCUAGAAGAAACAGACUUCGUAAAGAUCAACUUAAGAAGCUCCCUGUACAUAAGUUCAAGAAAGGAGAUGAAUAUGACGUAUGUGCCAUUUGUUUGGAUGAGUAUGAAGAUGGAGACAAGCUCAGAAUACUUCCCUGUUCCCAUGCUUACCACUGCAAGUGUGUAGACCCUUGGUUAACUAAAACCAAAAAAACCUGUCCAGUCUGCAAGCAAAAAGUUGUUCCUUCUCAAGGUGACUCAGACUCUGACACAGAUAGUAGUCAAGAAGAAAAUGAAGUAUCAGAACACACCCCCUUACUUAGACCUUUAGCGUCUGUCAGCACUCAGUCCUUUGGGGCGAUGUCGGAAUCCCACUCACAUCAGAAUAUGACAGAAUCUUCAGACUAUGAGGAAGACGACAAUGAAGACACCGAUAGCAGCGAUGCAGAAAACGAAAUGAACGAACAUAGUGUUGUGGUCCAAUUGCAGCCUAAUGGUGAACAGGAUUAUAACAUAGCAAAUACCGUUUGACCUUGAUUGGUUGAUUUCCCUUUAAAAUGUUUAUUUAGGUAUAUACUUUGAUUUUUUUCUGCUCCCUUCAGAGAUUUCUGUAGAAAUAACGUUUUUUAGUAUUCUACUAAAUUAAUCAGAUUACUGAAACAGGCUUUUUGAUCCAGUAUUUACCUGCAGAAGUGUACUUUAUUUCACUAAUAAGUAAUAAUAGACUGGUGCUGUAACUGAAGCAUCAAGUCAGUUCUUUUGGGAUGAAAUAUAGCCAAAACGUUAAAAAAAAAAAAAACCCUCAGUAUAGCUUGCAAGUAAGACCUAGAUCACAGUAGACACGUUUUAUGUUCUAUACACGAGGUCGGUGCUGCGGCCACCAGGCAUGAGCUACGCCAACUCCCACCUCCAUGAAAUGAUCUAGAGUUGUUGAGCUGGGAUAUGUUUGUUCUGGUAAUUCCCCAAAUUGGUAUCAAAAGGUAACUUAGCAGUUUUUUUUCCUAUCAGCACUAUAAAGAAUCUCAAAGCUGUCUUUUUUCUUUCCUACUCCCAAGCAGUCUUAGACUGACGGGAAUGGUCUAUACGAGCAGAAAGCAAAGUUUUUCUUUAAAGGUUUUUAAUACUGUAGUGGUAUGUACGAAUUUGACUCAGCUAAAGUAUUAUCUCUGGACUUCACUUAACUGUAUUUCAGUAUCCUCAAGGGUUUUUUGUUGUCGUUGUGAUCAAAGUAACAAGAUACCACAUAAAAAUACCAAACUUCAGCAACUGUUAAUACUCAGAUCAUAUACCUCUUAUAAAAAGCAUCUUAUGCUAAUUCGCCCUGCUUAAGCUAUGUACAGAGAAAAUUUUUCAAGUAUUGAAUUUGAAAAUAAGUGCUUAAGUUUAACAGAACUAAUGGUGUAUUGAAACAAUGUAUUAUGAAAAACUAAAUUGUAUUAUACAUCAUUGUAAUUAUAUAGAAAAUAUAGACUUACAUAUAAUCAAAAUGCUAAGAAUUUUUAUAUGGCCUUCUAUGAGGGGAGUUUGAAUGUUAAUAAACACGUUUUCCACUUUAA